AUGGAUUUUGCUUCAGAGUGUGUAUUACCGAAGGUCGUUGUAAAAACCGAGAGUCAUAAGGAUUUCCUGUUCUUUAAGAAUAAGAAGAAACCUCAAAGUAACUCACUUCAAUUUAAGUUUGUUGGACAGAAAGUAAAUGAAACCAACAGAGUUGCAGAAAUAAAUCUAUCUAGUGAGGUUAAUAAGGGAAGUUCAAAGGAAACCAAUCAAAUUAUUACCAGACCAAGGAAUUGCUUUAUUAUUAUGAGAUCAAUCUUUCAUAAUGUAAUUGUCCGGUCACUUCAGAAGUAUGAGAUAUCUUCUUUGCAACAUGUGUCUGCAAUCACUUCACAACUAUGGGGGAAGAAUGAUGGAAUAUUUCAGCUAUACUUUGAGCUUCUUUCACAAUUUGAAGAGCACUGGCAUCUAAACAUUUAUCCUGAGUAUCGUUACCAUAAGGUCAAUAAAAUAAGUCGGCAACUCGAAAAUAAGCUCGUCUAUCAGAAUAUGUUAGAUCGAAUGCGCUAUUUCACCGCUUCUUCGCUCAUCGCCAAUUUGGAAGAUAUCCUAAUACUCCCCCCGGCGCACCCUCCCCCAUCCUCCUCCACCUACACAUACCCGGCCCUGCGGCGUCCUGCCGCCGCCGCCGCCGCCGCCAAAGCGCAAGCACAAGCACAAGCACAAGCACAAGCCGCCAACGCCCAAGCCGCCAACCCUGCCGCCCCAGCCCCACCUGCAACCAACGCUGAGAGAAAUGCAAAAACAAAACCCGCCCCCGGCGGCAAAGUCUCCAAGCAGCGAAUCCACCCCAAGAAAAAACCAUCGCCCCCGCCCCGCCUCCGCCGCCCCGCCUCCGCCGUCCAGCAAAUCGCUUGUCAAACGUUUAAAUCCUCGACAUGGCUAAACGUCGAAGACCUGUUUAUUCCAAACCAAUGA